CUGGAACAUCAAGACCAACUGCGCCUGUGCCACCCUCGCCUCGCAUCGAAGAAUGCCUCCUCGGUAGCGAGGAAUCUCGUCGGGAAUCCCUCAACCCCCUCGUGUCCAUUCCUGUCCCCUUGCAAUUUCACAAUGACGCCUUGACGCCCCGAUGCCCCCCCCACCAACCACCGUGUCGCCCUCGCAUCGUGUCGUCUCCACCGCAAAGGGAUGCAGUGACUGCUGACUUCUCACCACAUUAUUCAUCCUACCACUCCACAACCACACCACCUUCGCUCUCGAACAUGUCUUGUUAAUAUCACCCACCCACCCCUCCAGGCACAGACCUCUCUGUGCUCCCGAGGGCCUCCCUCUCACUCAUCCGCUCUGACAACAUGAUCACCAUAAUGAAAUGCAUCAUCCCUUGCAUGAUGUGCUAUUGAGCUCGCAUUCACCCAUGGUCACUCCUUAAAGAAUCACCACCCUUACGGUUGUCACUCGUUCACUCAGCCAACAAGUCACUCGUUACCUGCUCGCACUGGUCGUUUUAUUCUAUUUGUUCAUCUCUGCCAUAUCAUCAGCUUUGGAUACCCGCUAUUAUCUCUCUAGAAAGGAAAACAUGACGACCAGAGACGGCCUCUCGACCAUCCAUGGCAUCCCCACGAAAUACGUCUCCCUCCUCACCCUCGUGGUCCAAAACUCCUCCCUCGUUCUUGUUAUGCGAUAUUCCCGAAUCCUGCCCGGUCCGAGAUACCUGAGCUCAACUGCGGUCGUGCUGUCCGAAGUCCUCAAAUGCAUAAUAUGCUUGUGCGUCCACGUCAGCGAGCAACGGCAUCAAUACCAAUCCUCACGGCUUCCCACCCUCUCCAACGACGCACCUUCUCACCUGAAUCCCACCAGCUACGGUCUGAAGCAACUGUGGGCGGACAUCUUCAGCGUCAAAAGUGGCUUCUUCAAGCUCCUCGUACCCGCCGUCCUCUACACUCUCCAGAACAAUCUUCAAUUUGUUGCUGCCACAAACUUGGAUGCCGCCACCUUCCAGGUCACCUAUCAGUGCAAGAUCCUGACGACCGCCUUGUUUGCGGUGUUGAUGCUGGGUCAGAGCCUGUCAGCACAAAAGUGGUUGUCCCUGGUCAUCCUCACGGCCGGAGUAGCCUGUGUUCAGAUACCUUCGUCGACCGUGGCGAUUAACCCUCAGCAGGGCAAUUAUGUGGUGGGGAUUGUUGCCGUUGCGAUUGCCUGCAUUUGCUCGGGAUUCGCCGGGGUCUAUUUCGAAAAGGUGCUGAAGAACGGCCAAAGCUCGUCUAUCUGGAUCCGCAACAUCCAGCUGAGCAUUGGCUGUCUGGCCAUUGCGCUCACCGGGGCCUUGGUCUGGGAUGGCCAGGCGAUCCUGGAGAAUGGCUUUUUCCAGGGCUACAAUUCCGUGGUCUUUGCCACCGUCUGCAUUCAGGCGGCCGGAGGCCUCAUUGUGGCCAUGGUCAUCAAGUACGCCGACAACAUCCUCAAGGGCUUCGCCACCUCCCUCUCCAUCAUCCUCUCGACCGUCGCCUCGAUCUUCAUCUUCAACUUUGUGCCGACGAUAUAUUUUCUGUUUGGUUCGAUCUUGGUGUUCUUGGCUACCUAUUUGUACAGCGUGCCUGAGGCGCCCAAGGCCAUCGAGAGCGCAGCUGCUGACCCCUCGGAGAAGAACCCGAUCCUCGUGGUGGAAGACUAUGACGAGGAAGCUCGGUUCGGCUCCAGGACCGUCCAGAGGCCGUUUCGAGAUGACAGCGACCCUGAGUCGAGCGACGAAGCGAGCCGAGACAGCGUCAGCAUCUACGACCAGGACGAUGGCAACUACUCUCGGAAUUUCUCGCCCUCGUUGAUUCAGAACUCGACAAUGGAAAAGCAAAUGCUCCCCGAGUUGGGUCAUGUUGGAUGAUGGCCUCGGAUGAUUGGACGGAGCUCUCGGCUUGCGGUGCGCUUGAAAUCUCUGAAAUUUGUUGUUCACAGCGAUCUAUGUGAUUGAAUAUGAGAGGCUGGCAGUGGCCUCGGAGACGUGACCCUGUGGACGGGAAGAGAGACACUGCACCAAAACAAAAAUACACAAAAACCUGUUGUUCUUGGAAAUGUGACAUGACUUUGGAUACCGUUCACCAGUUGGAGAAGAGGAAAGGCAUUACUAUUAGAAACGAUGGUCAGACACCAGAAAUGGAUAUGAUUUCGAAAGGAGGCGCAGUGCCAUUGAAUCUACGAUGUCCACUUUGGAUGUUUUCUGGACUGUUUUAUUCUCUGGCAUGCCGACAUCAUGUUCGGCAUACCAGGUGAGAGCCUCGUCGUUUCAAGAGUUUCUUGUACGCGAGCCUUAUCGUGUUCGUACCCAGCAGUCGAUCGUGCGGCGGUUUCAUCCACGAUCAAGGGGUCGCCUGGUCGUACAAGUUUCAGACCUGCGACGUCGACUGCCUCGGGAUUCGCAACAUCAUCGCCUUAGCCAGAGAGUCGAUCAGUCAGUCAGUCAAUCAGUCAGUCGUGGGUGGGCGCGUGAGCCUCGUUGCCUCGCUAGGCUGCCCAGGGCUCUUCAACUAGAUCCGAACGAGGCGUCGUCGAAGCCUUUCUCCUCCCAUCCACUACUCCCAAUCCAUCCAUCCAUCCAUCCAUCCAACCCCCGUGUCCAGGUGCUUAUCCAUGCAUUGAUCAAUGUGUCUACAGACCUACAGUACCUCGUCUAUCUCCAGGCUGGCUGCGAAUGAGAUCCCCGCCCACGCUGAGAAGGGUUUUCCCCCAGGCGGACGCUGAGGCAGCAAAAGGCCACUGGGCCAACGAUUUCCUCUCGCUCGACACCGUCUGUUCUCGCCCUCUGGCCGAUCGGGUGGGGUGUCUGUCAGUGUCGGUGUGUUGCUGUUGCCGCCGUUGGGAGACCGGGGUAGUUGACGAACUUGUAUAUAACGAAUGGCCCUCCGCACCUGGACUGACGUAGAUAACAGAUAUUACCUCCGUUUCCAUCCCCUUUCGAGUUACGGCCGCUUGAAGAAGGAAUAGGGAAGAGAGGGAAGUGAUGACCGCCCCUCCUCCUCCUCCUCAUCCUCGUUGUGAUCGUUCGAAUCAUUGCGUGA